CUAAAAGCACCAGGAUUGCAAGAAGCACUAGCCCUUACCAGCCCCUGCUUGCCAGGCUGAAGGAUUUGGUGGAAAAGACAGCCUCAAGCUGGGAUCCAGAGGAGAUGGAGUCGCGUUCAAACUGGCACGGAUUAAACCCCUCGGAUGUAGCUGGUGGAUUAAACCGUGCUUACCAUGCCUCUCUCACUAGACAAGACGGAGAGGAGGAGGAAGAUGCAGCUCCCAGGCAGAACUACAUUAGCACACACAAACGGCACAAGAAGGAGGACAGCCACUCUUGGGUUGGACAUUCCUCUCUAGGCGGGCACCCCCUGAUCUUCCGUGACACCAGAGAGGAGGAAGACUCCACGAUCCCCAAAAAACCUUGGAGCCCCCGGAGUCCAGACCUUGCGCUGGUGUCAGGAGAACUCUUGGAAACGGCGUUUGAUGAUCACCAGCAGCUUCUGGAGGCAGACAAAGGCCUGCGAACGUUCACGGACCACGUGGAGCGGGCCCUGAGGAUGGACUGCCACCUGCCCCAGCUGAAGGAGGCCUGUGCCAAGAUGGUCUCAAAGACCAGGCUGCUUCUAAACCUGCUCAGUGAGAGGCAAGAGAACCAGGGAGCCUCUGACGACAGGAACCACUGUCGUGUGCAGGAGAACAUGAUCAUUCACAUGGCCUUGGGGAAGGGCAAGAAACUCACAAGGAAGAAACUAGAGGUGCUGCUGUAUGUGAUCACGUCUGUGUUUUUGCUGGCUUUCUUCGUCAUCGCUUUUCUGAUACUGAAGUGUAUCUCCCAGGACAGUGCCCAGGGAGCCUCUCAACCAGCGUGGCUGGACUGUCUCACCCGGGGCAGCCCCUCCAUCCUGGAUGGACCUUUGGUCAUUGUCCCGGCCCCAGAGGUGCAGGGCCUGCACCGUGUUGUGUAG